GAACAUCCUGCACGGAGUCGAGGGGGGAGGAGAGAGAGAGAGAGAGAGAGAGGCUGCGCGAGCUGAGACACGCGCACACACGGAGAGACGGAGCUCGUGCUUCUCUCAGCUCACGGUUCUCACGGUCACCGAGCCAGAGAAACUCCGGAGCGGACCCCAGGUGACCGGGACCAGCUGCCUCCACUCCCUGGAUUAAAAGACCAGGAGCACCGAUGGUCGCGCGGACGGGCGGCGCGCUUUGAAGUUGGGACCCGCUACAGAGAGAGACCCCGGGAGCUAACAGCCCGUCCACCUCCUCCCUCCCCCCUGAAGGCGGCGGCACCGGGAGGCUCAGCCCGCGGACCCCCACCAUGAAGCUGCGCGUGCUGCUGGCGCUCGCGGCGCUGCUCGCUCGCGGCACCACGGAACUGAUGCGGUCCCCGUAUAUCGAUGACGAAGGCUCGGCGAGGGAUGACUUUUACGACGAUGAGGACCUCUACUCAGGCUCCGGCUCUGGUGUUCCUGACAUUGGUAUUAGGCCGACGUCGGUGGGCGUGUCUUUCACCACAGAAGAGACCUUCCUCCUUUCGACCACGCAGGCAACAAGCCCCGCCCCUUCCGCCCCACCUGCAGCCGAGCCCAGCCCGAGCCCUGAGGACGCCACCAUCACCCUGCUGCCCACCGAGGCCGACGGAGAGAGCGGCGCCUUCUUCGAGAAGGAGUUGGAACAGAGGCAACGGGAGCUGGAGGAGGAGAUAAAGAGACAGAGGGAAAUGGAGGAACAGAGGAAGAGGGAGCGGGAGAGGGUCCGAGAGCUGGAGCGAGAGCAGGAGAGGGAACGAGAAGAGAAGCAGAAGAAGGAGCAAGAGAGAGAACGGGAGAAAGAGCUGAAGAGGCGGCAAGAGCUGGAGCGGCUCUGGGCUGCUCAGACCACCUCUGCCCCGCGGUCGCCUGCCGUCUUCCCUGUGGUGACCACCAACCCGGCUACCAGUACAGCGGAGAGUACAGGACUCGCUGCUGGUUCAGACGACCUGAGUCCCACAGAGGAAGAGGAGGACGUGUACCUGUCACCUGACUCCACCAUGUUUUACCCUGAAUUUGAUGUGGAGACCACCACAGAAGAAGACACGCCCACCACAGCAGAGACCACACCCGAACCCACAACAGCCGCACCCACCACCACAGCAGCCAGCAGGAUCAAAACCAGGGUCCCCUUUAGGCCCAGGGUUACCAUGACGACAGGCACUCGGGCGGUGCCGACGACGAGAACGACACGCCCACAGGCGCCCUCAACGACGCAGGAAGCUGCCAACGAAGUGGGUCCUGUGGGACCGAGCGGAGAUUUCGAGAUCCCUGAAGAUCGGCGCAACGGCCUGGGCGUGGUGCCGAUGGACCCCGAUUUGAUCGGCAACACGGUGGACGGAGGCAGCUCUGCCGCCCAGCUGCCGCAGAAAAACAUCCUGGAGAGAAAAGAGGUCUUGAUAGCUGUGAUUGUUGGAGGCGUGGUGGGCGCCCUGUUCGCCGCCUUCCUGGUGAUGCUGCUGGUGUACAGGAUGAAGAAGAAGGACGAGGGCAGCUACACGCUGGAGGAACCCAAACAGGCCACCGUCACCUACCAGAAACCCGACAAGCAGGAGGAGUUUUACGCGUAACACUCAGACGCCGAAGACAGACACGCGGCGCACCGGGGGGAGAAUCGAGACGAGAGAGAGAGAGAGAGAGAGAGAUACUCUAAACCCUCCCCCCCACCUCCUGCUCUUCAUCAUCCUACUCCCCUUAUCUCCUCAUCCCUCGCCUUUCUCUCUGGGGACUUUCUUUUCAAUGAAAAUGGGGAAAAAGUGGACAAAAAAAAUCCAAAUAUAUUAAAAGAAAUAACGCGUACACACAGAUGUUUUUAAAGUUGCCGUUGUUAUUAAUAACCUGCAGGUUCUCUUGUUCUCUAUGUAAUAUGAUUAUUUUGUAAGAAAAGCAAAAAAAAAAUCUGUGUUUUCCAACACGCACACACAAAUCAAAAGGCCUAGAAGGGAGAGGAGGAGGAGGAGGAGGAGGAGGUGAAGAGGAAGCAGAGAACUCAGGCGGAGCACGUCUGGUUGGCCGUGCAGAGACCAGGGUCAAAGGUGAGAGGAAAGGUUUCUUUUGUGCCUUCCGUCCCUUCGGUGCUCAAACGCACACACAUUUAUACAACCACAUGAACACAGCUUACACACACACACACACACACACACACUGGUAUCUGCUGGAAGCUGGCUCUGACCUCUCGCUCUGCUCGGCCAACCAGAACGUGGCGCUCGGCCGUCGCCGUGUCUCUCAGUGUCACUGAAGCCGCCGUGGACAAAGCGUCCCGUCUCGAGGACGAGCAGCGAGCCGCGGCCCCCCCCUCUGCUCCUCUGGGCUGUACAAAGACUAGUUAUGGAUAGUAAUAAUAUUCAAUAAUAUAUCAAUGUUCUCUGGGGGCUGGACAGCGAGUAAUAAUAAUAAAACAAUAAUAAUAAUAAAACGGGAGGAUGUGUAUUUAGCAUUUAAAGAAGAAGUUUAUAUGUAAAUAUCAGCGUAUCCUUUCUGGCGUCACUAACCAUCUGCAUGACCAUGAAGCGUUUCUCUUCAUCACAUUUAGACGAGCUGUGCUCUUUCCACGCACACACACUUUUACACACGCAGCUGCUGAGGUCAUCGUCAUCAUCAUCAUCGCUAACUGUGGUCGGAGCGAGAUCAGUCUGGUUUUGGUUUGUGUAAAAGCUGCACGUCCAGUCGGUUCAUCCCCUCUUUGCGUUUUGCAUGCCUCGUUUAUUUCCCCCUCCGCCACUGAUUGCCCCUCCGUUCAGAGAGUGGUUAUUUGGUUACAAAACACUCCAUUGGAACCAGUUUUUAUUUUUAUUUUUUGUUUGGGAGGGGGUGGAAGUGAAGCAACAGAUCACAGUGCUUCUAUCUAAUAGAUUGUAACAAUAUCCACGCCCGUGUUGCUGGGUCAGUAGCUUCUCUUAUACUCAGUACUGUAGAACAAACAAAAAAAAUCGCAUGGGAGUCCCAACUAUACCUGUCCGGACGUGUGUGUGUGUGUGUUUUAAAGAGGGGUGAGUUAAAGCUGGAAUGUACUGCGGUAGAGUGUGUGUUUACCUUUUCCAGCAGUUCUCACGCUCUUCCACAGAUGGUAACACACCACCUCCACUGCUGUGAGUUCAACCUGCUGCCCCUUUUUCACCUGUGUGAGAGGACGCGUGUGUGUCCACACCUCGUCUAGACCUGCCACCUCAUCUGUAUGUGUGUGUGUGUGUGUGUGUGUGUGUGAGAGAGAGCGAGAGCUUCACUUUGGUAUUUUACAGCUGUACUCCACACCUGCCUGAGUGUGUUGUCUGUUCACUGAAUGUGGGGCUGGUCGUCCCUCACACUGACCGUGUCUUUUCACCGUCUGUCCGGCUCGGACGUCUGUCGGCCUCGGGACAGACGGACGGACGAGGCGCCACCUAAUCUCACAGGCAGGAAGGAUCUUAGCACGUACUGUCUUUUCUAAAGUGACCGUCAAAAGUUGUUCGUUCAUACCCAUCCAAGCCUGCGUAGCCAAAUAAGACGUGUGUGUGUGAAAGAGAGCGUGUGUGUGUGUGUGUGUGUGUGUGUGUGUGUGUGUGCGUGAAGCCCAGUGGAGGCUACACUUUUCUCUGUUCGCUGUUCCCAUUCCUGUUUUUAUACAUUUGCAUUUUUUUAAGGCUGAGUUUCUGUCAUUGGCUGAGUGAGCGCGAGGAGGCGGCCCCUCCAUGCCACCGCCCUGUCACUAAUCUGCCACUCUGUUACAAAUAAAAGAUCCUGAUUGGGUAAACGUGUCCUCUCUUGUCUCUUUAAUGCCAGCUCC